AUGAAAGCAAUUAUGUCAUAUGAGGAGCUAACUGAUUGCGCCAAAUCAUGCGAUGAAAAUGAUCAAUAUGAAUUGAAAAAACAAAUUGGCCUAAGCAAUUAUAUUUGUAAUGAAAAAAUCGAAGAAUUUCGACUAGCUAGCGAAUGUAUGCAGUCACAAGAAAUUGGAAUAAUUGAUAAAUGUUCAAAUGACUGUCAGGAACCUGCUAAUACGACUUUGCAAUUGGAUUCAACGCCUGAGGCCCCAGUCAAUCCAUUCACUUUUGUAGAAAAUAUCGUCCCUAUAUGCAACAAAUUGGAAUGCACCGUUAAAUGUUCUAUAAUGGAAUUAAAUAAGAAAUGUGCGGGUAGUGGUGAACUAUUUAAGGAUAUCGGCUUGAAACAAGUAAUUGAUGCAAGUAUUCGACUCAAUAAUGAUGCAGAAAAUUCAACUUCAACAGUUGCUGCACAAAUGGCAAAAAUCUAUCUACAAUCACUACCAAAAUCAUGCAGUUUUAUCAUUGAUCCACUACAAUAUGAUGUGCUUUUCACUGCUCAUGAAAAUGAAGGAUCAGCAAUGGUAACUGAAGUUGCAUCCAUUAAUGAAUUUAGCGAAGUUACUAACGAUAAUGAAGACACGCAUACCUUCAAUGCGGAAGAACCUAUAUUCACCGAUGACAUUGAACGGUUAAGCACUCGCAUAUUCGACGUGGAAAUCGAAAGUACUUCACCUAAGCCUUCUGUUGCCUCAGAAGAUGUCGUCGAUAUGGCAAAUUUCCCACACGAAAUUGAUACCUCUCCUGAUCGAGAGCCUGAACCGACCAAAUCAACUAUGGAAACUUCUGAUACUGAAGCGGCCGUUUUCAAGACGAAAAAUGAAGUCGUAAUGACCACUGAACCAAAUAAUGUUGGUGCUUCAAAUGAAGCAGAACGGACUAUUAUGGUCGUGAAUGAAGAUGAAAAUCAAAUCGUGAAAAACGAAGUGAUGAAUACCGAUAGGGAAAAAGUCUCGCAGAUUUUAAUUUCUGCUGAUUUUGAUUCGCUUUUUUUCAUAACAGACUGA